AUGUUUGCUAUAGUCCCGCAUCCGAGGCCCACACGAGGUCGAAUGCGGAUCCACUGCCUGGAGAACGUCGACAAAGCACUGCAGUUUCUUAAAGAGCAGAGGGUUCACCUGGAAAACGUCGGUUCCCAUGACAUUGUGGACGGAAACCAUCGCCUUACCCUGGGCCUUAUCUGGACCAUCAUCCUUCGCUUUCAGAUCCAGGUGAUCAAAAUAGAGACGGAGGACAACAGAGAAACCCGCUCUGCCAAGGAUGCGCUGCUGCUUUGGUGCCAGAUGAAGACUGCAGGGUACUCUGAGGUCAACAUCCAGAACUUCACCACCUGCUGGAGGGACGGCCUUGCCUUCAACGCCCUAAUACAUCGACACAGACCUGAUCUAAUAGAGUUCCACAAGCUGACACGAUCCAAUGCAACCCACAACCUGCAGCAAGCCUUUAACAUCGCUGAGCAGCACCUGGGCCUCACGAAACUCCUGGACCCUGAGGCUAAAGCUUCCUGCUUCUCAUCCAGGUUUCAGGAGAAGGGUAAUCUCGAGGUCCUUCUCUUCACCAUCCAAAGCAAACUCAGAGCCAAUAACCAGAAACCCUAUGUGCCUAAUGAUGGGAAGCUCAUCUCAGACAUUAACAAGGCCUGGGAGAGAUUGGAGAAGGCAGAGCACGAGAGAGGUGUAGCUUUACGGAAGGAGCUGAUUCGUCAGGAGAAGCUUGAGCUGUUGGCUCAGCGCUUUGACCACAAAACCACCAUGAGGCAAGCCUGGCUCAAUGAGAAUCAGAGACUCGUCCAGCUGCUCUCGAGGGACUUUGGGAAACAUCUACUGGAGGUGGGCGACCUGCUGCAGAAGCACGGCCUGCAGGAGGCCGAUAUUACUGUGCAGGCUGAGAGAGUCGAGACGCUCAACACUGCUGCACUCAAGUUCACCACAAUAGAGGGUUACCAACCAUGUGACCCACAGGUGAUCUGUAACCGUGUCAACCAUGUCUCUUCCUGUCUGGAGGAGCUGAAACACCUGGCAACUAAAAGACGUGCUGAGCUCGAGGAGUCAAGGAAACUGUGGGCCUUCUUUCAGGAGCUGGAAGAGUCGGAGGCCUGGAUCAGAGAGAAAAGCUCUAUCCUGGGAGCUCAGGGCUACGGGAAGGACCUGAGCAGUGUGCUGAGGUUACUGCAACAGCACAAGACUCUGGCUGGGGAACUGCUGGCUCACCGCUCACUGCUGCAGAACACCAUGAAGCGAGGGAAGCAGAUUCUGAGUGAGAAGAGCUUUGGCACAGCGGGGAUCCAGGAGCGCAUCAUGGAGGUUAAAGGCGAGUGGAAGAGGCUGGAGGACCAGGCUGCGCAGCAUCUCAGCCACCUGCAGGAGGCGCUCAACUUCUUCCAGUUCUCCACGGAGACGGACGACGUCGUGGCCUGGCUGCAGGACGCUUACCGCCUGGUGUCCAGUGAAGACUUUGGACACGAUGAGUACUCCACUCAAUCGCUGCUAAAGAAACACAGAGGGGUCAGUGAAGCCAUUGACAAACAUCGUUUGCAUGUAGUGGCACUGCGCAAACACAUGGUGGCGCUGCCCCUGCGGUACCGUGAACAGGAGGAGGUGCAGGUUCGUAUGGGAGAGGUGGAGCAGCUGUACACAGAGGUUGCUGAAAUCGCAGUGCUCAGACAGCAGUGGCUUCACGACGCCCUCGCUGUGUACCGCAUGUUCAGCGAGGUCAACGCCUGCGAGCUGUGGAUUGACGAGAAGGAGCAGUGGCUGGAAAGGAUGGAGAUCCCAGAAAAACUGGAGGAUGUGGAGGUCGUGGCACACAGAUUUGAGAGCCUGGACCAGGAGAUGAACAGCCUGAUGGGAAGGAUCCUGGAUGUUAAUGAGAUAGUUCAGCAGCUCCUGGAUGGAGGUCAUCCAUCUUCUACAGAGGUCAGAGGUUGUCAGGACCACCUCAACUCUAGGUGGAACAGCAUCGUGGAGCUGGUCGAGCAGAAGAAAGAUCAACUGGACUCGAUGUUACGUCUGCAGAACUACCUGCUGGAGUGCGCCGAGAUCAAGUCCCAGAUCCAGGACAAAAGAAAAGCCAUUGACGCCACCCAGUAUGUGGGCAGUGAUUUGGGCGGGGUCCUCGCCCUGCAGAGACGCCUCUCUACUAUGGAGGGAGCCCUGUCUGUUCUGGAGCCCAAACUACUGCACUUACAGGAAGAGGCAGAGCAUCUGGCCACUGCUCACCCGGUUCGGGCAAUGGAGGUUCUUGUGCAGUUUGAUGGCAUCAGUGUGGAGUGGGAGGAGCUCAAACGGACCCUGCAGGGAUGUGAGGACUCACUGAUGGUGGCUAGCAGGCUGCAGAGCUUCAUACAGCUGCCCCUUUAG